AUGCCCCUCGACCCCUACAGCGACAAACUCUAUGAUGCCGUCAAAGAUGGUGUUGUUCUAUGUAAAAUCGUCAAUAAACUCUUUCCAGACGCCAUUGAUGAGCGAGCCGUCAACAAAAGCACGAACAUUUUUUACGCCAGCCAUCGAGUAGAGAAUAUUCAGCUGGCCUUAACCGCUGCAAGAUGCAAUGGAUGCGCCGUUCGUACCAUUGCCGUUGACGACCUGAUGGGCGGCAGGACUCACUUUAAGUUGGCCAGUCUUGAGUUCUUCAAACAGGUCAUCCUCAAGGGCUAUUUUCGGAAGAUCAACAUUCAUGAACACCCAGAGAUGUUUACCUUGAAGUUGGCACACGAGGACCUUCACGAUAUUCGCUGUCUGUCACCUCAAGACAUCCUAACUCGCUAUGUAAACUUUCACCUGAAGAGCGCCGGUGUAACUAAAACGCUAACCAGUUUUGAUUACGAUUUGUCGGACUGUGUCGUCUACGCUUACCUACUGUAUAAAAUUGCUCCUGUUACGGUGCGUCCUCGACUCUUACCACCAGACCAGGUUCUGUUGGACAAUCAGUUGUUGAAUCGCGCUAAGGCCGUCUUGCAGAAUCUGCGUGAGCUUGGAGCCGAGAUGUUUCUCUGUGAGGACGACUUUAUUAACUCCUUUACCAACCGCGAGACGCGUGGUGUGCUCCAUCUCAUCACCGUGGCCUUCCUCUUCAACCGUUUCGCUGGGGAGAUGAAAACCUACGGAGCAGGAGACCGUCCCGCCUCCAAGGAGAGUAUUAACGAACUAUCUUCUCGAAACUUUGUUAAUUCUGUCGAUGUUCAACCUUUCUCAACGCACGUAAUCAGCAACCUACGGGAUGGCCAUAUUGCCAGACAAAUGUUUGAGAUUCUACGACCAGGAUUUACAACAGGUGUGAAGUUCACUUAUGAGUUUGAUCUGGUUCGAAGGGAGGCCCAAUUUCUGCAGAACAAUACCUGUAUUGUGCGACUGGUGCAAGGGUAUCCAUUCAAACUACCAAGUCUGGAUGCAGAACGGCUGACUCGCAGUGAUCUGGCUAUCUGUGAAGCCCUACUCUUGGAGAUGCUCCGAAGCUUCCUUACCCGAGAUGCUUACGACGAGUACGAACUCCUACGAUGGACCAAUGAACAGCUGAGCCGAGCCGGCAUUCCAAUUGAACUGCGCAGCUUCAGUGAUCGAGCAAUCGCAGAUGAAAAUUUGUUUGCUGUUGUGCUCAAUAAUCUUACAAACGGCAUGGCGUCGAAAGACUUUUUGCGAGGCAAACGACUUGACAAUGCAAGGUACUAUAUUUCAGUGGCUCACAAGGCCGGCUACCGAGUCUACACCCGGCCGGAACACUUUGAAACCUGUUCACCACGCUGGGUGGCAAUCGCUUUUGCAGCCCUUCGAUGGGAUAAAAACUAA